AUGAACUUUAUGAAUACUCACUCAUAAUUUAAUAUCUAAAGGAAAACAAUACCUCGACCAACGAUAUCUAGAUAAUUUACAAGAGAAAAAAGCUAAACCAAUUUUAACCCAGCAACUCCAUCAACAAAAUUUCGUAUUACAAAUAACAUUCAGCAAAUAAAUAGAGAUAAAAUCCAGAAAGCUUGUGGGAACUAUUUUAAUCAAAACGACGAUACAACUGGGAGCACAAAAAUGUCUAAAGGAAUGACUUAGCAUUUAUUAAAAAAACAUGAAAUUGAAUUUAAGCAAUCGUGGUUUGAAUAAGAAGACAGAGAAGAAGAAAUUCAAUUCGCUCUUCUUCUCUAAACUCUUGAUAAGAUCUUGUGA